GCUUGCCUUAUCCGACCCGGGUGUGCGGAGAUUGCGGCAACCUUUGUGUCAGGUGGAAAGAGAAGCGAGGGCAUCCUUUCACGAGUCUUCAAGAAGCAUGCUGUAAACAGUACAGCCUCGUAUGGUGUCUCACUCUCAGCAGCUUCAAAGCGUGUUGUAGACCUGGAAGUAGUGUCCAAGGGCGCUCUGUGCAGCUGCUUCCAUCAUCCAUCAUUAUCUGGAAAUCCACAUUGGGGUGGGCGGGCAUACAUUCCACAUCUAGGCGGUCCGUUCUCAGCAAUACAGGUUUUGGAGGGCAUUGCUGAGCUUUUUAAAGGUUUCCCCGGGUUUAGAAACGCCAUUAUUCCCUCAUGAUAGGGGUGCUAAACUCAUGCGAGGCUUGAGAGUAUCUGACUUUCCACAUCUGUUUGAAAGUGCGCUCUUUGGCUGCUAGAACAUAUUUCCGUACUUCAAACACCUCGUCGAAGAACUGCUCAGUACCACUUAGGUUGUUGGAGGUACUUUGCCUCUCCAGAGAUGAGCUCUGAAAACUCCCUCGUAGUAGGGGUGCUUGAAAGCAAAGGCUGGGAGCUUCCUGGGGCAGCGGGGGCCAGCCGGCUGAGGCCAGGGGACGUCAUUGUGAGAAUAGGCCCCGAGGAUGCCAAGGACUCCCUGGAAUGGCCUUUCCCCGGAGGGGUGCAGGCUGUCAACAAGGAGCUCAAAAAGUAUGCAAAGGAAGGGGUGGUAGAAUUGCGGGUAGAGAGGCUCAUGGACGAGGUGGAUGUGGUUGCGGAGCUGAAGACGUCGAAGCUGCAGGGCAAGACGACGCUGGCCAACGCGGUGUUGCAGGAGAACACGCAAAAAAACUGGCUGUCGCUGGCCAAAGAGUCGGAGCGCCAGCUCAAGGGCAGCACCAAGGGCGGGGGCAACGGAGUGCGCCUCAGUGCCAGCAGCGAGCUCGAGGACUUCCGCAUCCGGACGGAUUCGAUUGCGAGCCCGAUCGAGGCGGAGGACCUGGGGCCGGGGGCGCUGCCGAUGACGAUGUAUUCAAUUGUGGUCAUGCCGCGCAGGGUCAAGAUGAUGGACCUGGUCGACGUACACGAUACCACGGACCGUGCGAUGGCCUGGUUUGCGAGCUCCCAGAAGUCGGGCGUGCCCAUCACGCUCACCAACGUGCAGACCGAGAUCAUCCCGCUGCCCAACCAAAAGGAGGACGCCAUGGCCGAGAGCCUGGUUAACAUGGGGUCCUACCAGGUGUCCAUCCCCAUGCGGUACCGGGACCACCGGGCAAUGCCGGAUGACAUCACGGUGAUGCGCGCGGUGCGGCUGUGGUACGCCCCUGUCGCGGAGAUGCAGGUGGAGGUGCAGGUGGACCCGGGGGCCAAGAUGGGCAUGGCCUUCUCCAGGACCAAGGAGGGCUUCGUCUUCGUCUCCACCGUCUGGCCCGGCAGCGCGGCCGAGCGUGCGGGCGUGCUGAAGCUGUUUGCGCUGGCAAAGGAGUCGGGCAAGCGGCUGGUGGUGAUGCGGGUGGACGGCUCGCGCCUCUGCCCCGUGCUCCUCGACAUGGACGGCUCGCUACGGUGCGCCAGCGUUGGGGAUCUGGACAGGAAAAUGUCGCUGUCCGCAAUGGCGUCCAGGAUUGUUCGUAUGGGCCUGGCGCUCGCGUGAUGCGUCCAAAUGUCUGGCGUCAAAAUGGGGCGGAAGGAAAGGGUCUCCGCUGUGGGGCUUUUUGACGGGCAGGGAUGACAGGUUUGAAGAGUUGUGUUGAUAUGAUGUUGGGUAUAGGGCGGCCUUAAAAGAGGAUUGAGCGAAAAGGAAGAGGUCGCGGGGUUUGCUUGGCGGGAAGAGACAAAGGACUUGGAAGAGGUACGUUGGGGCUCAUUGUGGGGUUGAAGCGUUGUAAUGCCGAUCUGGUCCGAGUUCGGAAGCGGGUCGGGAGACUACCUGUGAAAGUUUCAGGCGUGCGGUCUUCAAAUGAGGUACGCAUGUGUGACAAGUCUGGGGCAAGCUUCGGUGGCCAGAGCACUUGCUUGAGACCAGCUUGCGUGAAGAGUGCCGGGCUUCGAUUCUCCUAUACAAGGAGGAAGAGAGGUAUCAAAGGCUGCAGCACUGACUAGCAGUGCGAGAAGAGUGGGACUCAGGUGCAGCCUCGACAAGGUGGUUGCGGAGAGGGGAGCUCGGCCUUACGUACAUAGCAUUGUGAUCUGGAAACACCUACAUGCUGAAGUUGGAGGCUUUGAGUUGUGUCUGUUUUGCUGCUGGAGAAAGAAUUUUUGCCAGCCGUGCUUUGCAUACCGUAGUCAGGAUGCCUCCUAAGAUAGUGCUUAAGCAGACUUGGAUGCAGUUCAUAGUGAACGUGUAAGGUUAGUUGAAUUGUGAAUAUCACGUGGCAGUUAUAAGUCGAUAAGUCAGACACGGCGUCUAUUUGUGCAGAAGUCAAACACGUUUCUGUCACUCACUUGCGUAUCGAAUUUCUGCAUUCGAGAAAGGCUGA